AUGGCGGCAGUCGCCGGUGGGGUUGAGCCGCAGUAUGGCGGCGCUAAGACGUCGGUUUGGUGGGACAUAGAGAACUGCCAGGUCCCCAGGAGCUGCAAACCUCACGCCAUUGCUCAGAACAUACGAUCCGCCCUCGCCAGAAUGAACUACUUUGGGGCCAUCACCAUCUCCGCCUAUGGCGACACCAAUCGCAUCCCGACCACCGUCCAACACGCCCUCUCCAGCACCGGCAUCGCUCUCAACCACGUCCCUGCCGGAGUUAAAGAUGCAAGUGACAAGAAAAUAUUAGUCGACAUGCUGUUUUGGGCAGUCGACAAUCCUGCUCCUGCAAAUUAUUUGCUGAUCUCUGGCGACAGGGAUUUUUCAAAUGCUCUCCAUCAAUUGCGCAUGCGGAGAUAUAAUAUCCUUCUAGCACAACCCUUUAAAGCUUCUGUAGCUCUUGUUGCUGCAGCAAAGUGUGUCUGGCAAUGGUCAAGCCUCGUUUAUGGAGGACCUCCUUACAUAAGUAACUGUCAAGAUCAGAUUGGUAUUGAUGCUUCUCAACCAGAUACUGCAGCCUGUGAUAAUGCUGUUUCAAAUAAACCUGCUUCAACAACCUCUGCUGGUAAUACUCUCCCCGUGGCUUUGGUAGGCCAGAAAUCAUCCACUUUGAGCACCAGCAAAUUCUUAUAUAUUCCAAAAGGCGUAAAUAAAAUAAAAACGGAAAGUAUGACAAGUUCGGCUGAUAAACAUGAAGAAGAAAAUAAAAAUGUGCAGUGCACCCGUCCACCUGCAAAACAGUUUAUGAAAGUACCUCACGGAUUCUUUGCUCCAAAUGCUACCUCAUCUAAUGCAGCCGCUUCAAGUUCUUCUAUUCCGAAUCCAUUUCCUUUGCCUGGGAGUAUCGAUGCUACCACCUGUUCUAGCAGUGAGAUGACUCAUUCCCAUCAACCAGAUGAUUCCAUUUCUCGUGACGAGACAUCAUUUAAAUCAAGAUCUGAAAGAUCAUCUGUAGCAAUGCCUGAUAUUGACAAGGCGAGUGGGUCCCAGAAUGGUGGCCCGGAUUUCAAUCAUCAGGGAGGAGAAGGUUCUAUAUCAAAGGGUACUUCAUUGUUAGAUGGUGCUGGAAAGUCUAUGAGCCAGUUAUAUUCCUGUGGCAAAGUGCAUGGUAAGCAUCUUCAUUCUCAACACAUCCAAGGCCUUAUAGGUGUAAUAUUUCUAGCCUUGAAUACUCUGAAAGUUGAGAAGAUUGCACCUACCGAAGCAAAUAUAACUGAAUGUAUCCGUUUUGGUGAUCCAAAGUACCGCAAUAUUGAUGUGAGAAAAGCUUUAGAAUGUGCCCUUGACCAACAAAUGGUAGUCAAGCACCAACUAGGUAACAUGGAGCUUUAUGUUGGUAGGAUUGAGAGACUAUGGUCAUGUGAGAAUCCUGUUGGGGGUAAUGUUGAGAAGUACCCGAAGGAGACCUGGAAUACAAUUCACAAGUUUCUGACUUCCUCGGCUGGGCGUUCAACGUUAUUAGCAUCUGAAUGCAGGUAUCAAGCAGCUCUGAUUCUUAAAAAUUCAUGUUUGAAAGCACUACCUUUGGGGGAGGUACUUCGAGUCAUGAACUUGAUUAUAACCGUGAAGAAAUGGAUCAAGAUUGGGAACCUGGGGUGGCAACCUAUUACCAUCGACCUUCCAGAAAGAAACUGA